AUGGUGAGAUUCUUCACUAAUCAAAUAGGAAGUGUUGAUGAGGGUGUCAAGGGUUGUGAUGUAGGGGUUCUAAGAAAGCUACUUAGUUCUUUUGUUUUGCACCCUAUUUUCAAUUAUACUGCUAUUACUUUGGUUCCUAGAAUUCUUAAUCCCAGUAUGGCUAAGGAUUACAGACCGAUUUCUUGUUGUUAUGUUAUUUACAAGAAAGUUUUUGACUUCUUAAGCUGGAGCUUUGUUUUAGGGAUUUUGGAGAGUUUGGGAGUGCCUGCUCAGUUUAGUCAAUGGAUCAUUGUUUGUAUCACUGGUUCUAGGUUUUCCAUUUCAUUUAAUGAGAGUUUGGUUGGGUACUUUAUGGACGAGAGGGGUAUAAGUGUGCUUUCUAAGUUGUUGAAUGUUGUUGCUGCAAAAAAGGUCUUUCAGUUUCAUCCUAAGUGUGGGAUAAUUGGUUUUGAGGUGGGUGUCGAUUGUAUCAUUGAUAAGUUUUAUGAAUUUUCAAGGCUAUGGCUUAAUGCAACUAAAUCUGAACUGUUCUCCUCUAGUAUGAGUGGGACCCAAUUGAAGCUAAUUCAUGAAGCUAUUGAAUUCAAGAUUAGGACUCUACCUGUUAGAUACCUGAGAGUUCCUAUGGUGCCUCAAAAGCUAUCUAAAAAAGAUUGA